CACUCCUUGACGUAGCGAGAGACCGGUUGAAGUGCCGCUCCGUCUCCGAAUCAUCGUAGCACGUAUUGCGCAGCGUGACUGAUGCUCAACUCCCCCAUAUCCGCCAAUCCAGCCGGUAAAAUACCGUUAUCCUAUAAAGUGGGAAGAGAAACGACGAGAAGCUUCUCAUUUUAUUCUACACCGGAAUCAUACCGGCAAUCUGGUGCACGCACUGCUCUCUUUCCCCCUCCCUCUCCCUAAACCGGACUCACCCCCCUCUACAUCAACAUCCCCACCGGAGAUGACUCGCGCACGGCGUCGAGAUGCAGUGCUGAUGUAGCGCUGUGCUGAUAAUCGCCGUUCUAGAACUCACCCGCUUGUAGAAGCAGGCAACCGUUUUUUUCCCGAGUAGCAAAUUUCAGAGAAUAUAGUUGUGAUUUAAAUGGUAGCGCUUUUCAAAUGGCAGUUCAUUGAUUCUAUCUAAACAGACCCAGAUUAAGACAUGACAACCGCUGGAACCACUGAGGAGCCAUGUCCCUGGUUAUCUUCUCAACCAUUCCGCAGCCAGGAGCAUCAGUGUGACCACUCAGUGAGGAGCCCAGAAGAUCAGCACUAACGUGACGGACAGGACCGAAUAUAGUCUACAUCAUUCUUGGGUCCCACCUACCUGAAACAGCCUAGUUCGUCCACUAUCAUCACUGACUGACUGUAGGCUAGGGCGUACUAUUCUGCUCUACUCUGUCUCUCUUCCCUGGCUCUCUGUUUUCUACAGAACCGCCAAGACAUCCAUUGGCUCACUAUACGAACAGAACACCGCUUUUUCAAGUGAAUUCGUCAGCCCUUGAUUUAUUUUGACAGUGUACUGAGGUGAAAACGCGCCUUUUUGCCUUAUGUGUUCAUAAAUUCAAGGCGCAACGCAUUCAGAACAUAAAUUAAUCAGCACCCGGAUUGGAGCGGCAGCGGUGUUCGGUGAUCUAUCUAUGCACGCGAGUUCCGCCUCGCCAACCUCCUUCCUCGCCCCGGAAAGGACUUCUCGCCUUUGAGUGCUGGAAAUGUUGAGAUUAACGUAAAGGAUGGACCUAAUAAUUUCUGUUUUGGGGCUCCUGACGCUGUCUCUGGAGGGCAUCCGUUGCCAAGGAGUGUACGCACCCCCUACGGUCCGCAUCGUGCACUCGGGCCACGCGUGUAACGUGGAGGAAGAACGUCACACAGAGAGGGUGUACACCAUCCGAGAGGGAGAGACCCUGGAACUCACCUGUCUGGUCACAGGACACCCACGGCCACAGAUCCGAUGGACCAAGACAGCAGGCAGCGUGUCGGAUCGCUUCCAGGACUCCAGCGUGUUUAACGAGACGCUGCACAUCUCCAAGAUCCAGAGACACCAGGGAGGGCGCUACUACUGCAAGGCUGAGAACGGCCUGGGCUCCCCGGCCAUCAAGUCCAUACGGGUCGACGUCUACUACCUGGAUGACCCUUUAGUGACGGUGCACCAGAGUGUAGGAGAGGCUAAAGAACAGUUUUAUUAUGAGAGGACCGUGUUCCUGCGCUGCGUGGCCAACUCCAACCCCCCAGUCCGCUACAGCUGGCACCGCGGACGAGACGUCCUCUCACAAGGCUCCGACAAGGGAGUGGAGAUCUACGAACCAUUCUUCACACAGCUGCAGGGGGAGACGAAAAUCUUGAAGCUGAAGAACCUUCGUCCUCAGGACUACGCCAACUACAGCUGCAUCGCUUCUGUUAGGAAUGUCUGUGGCAUUUCCGACCGAAACAUUGUCUUCAAACUCACCAACAAGACAGCGUCUCCCUCCAUUAAGCUGCUGGUGGAGGAUCCCAUCGUGGUGAACCCUGGCCAGACGGUGUCCCUGGUGUGUAUCACUACAGGUGGGGAGCCCAACCCCACGCUGAGCUGGGUCAGCAGCUCUGACAGCCUGCCUGAGAAGAGCGUGGUGAAGGGUGGAACACUCACCCUGCCAGCCAUCACUUCAGACGAGGCUGGGGUCUACAGCUGUGUGGCCAGUAACAACGUGGGCAACCCAGCCAAGAAGUCUACCACAAUAGUGGUCAGAGCGCUGAAGAAGGGGCGUUUCUGGAUCACCCCUGACCCCUACCACAAUGACGACAACAUCCAAAUAGGCCGCGAGGUCAAGAUCUCCUGCCAGGUGGAGGCCACGCCCCCUGAGGAACUGACAUUUGGUUGGCUGAAGAACGGCCGCGCCAUGCGUAGCUCUGAGCGAAUGGUGAUCACCCAGACGGACCCUGACAUUUCCCCAGGCACCACCAACCUGGACAUCAUCGACCUGAAGUUCACUGACUUUGGCACCUACACCUGUGUGGCUGCGCUGAAGGGAGGGGGCAUACCUGAGAUCAGCAUAGACGUCAACAUCUCCUCCACUACUGUUCCCCCCAACCUGACAGUGCCACGGGGUAAGAGCCCCCUGGUGGUUCGGGAGGGCGACACGGUGGAGCUCGAGUGUCUGGUUUCAGGGAAGCCCAAGCCCAUUAUCCUGUGGUCUCGGGCCGAUAAAGAGGCGCCCAUGCCAGAUGGGAGCCUGCAGGCUGAGAGCUACGACGGGGUGCUGCGGAUCGUCAACGUGUCCAGAGAGAUGACCGGCUCCUACCGCUGCCAGACCAGCCAGUUCAACGGGUUUAAUGUGAAGCCCAGGGAAGCUGUGGUGGAGCUCAUCGUACAAUACCCUCCGUCGGUGGAGCCUGUGUUGUUAGAGAUGCGUCAGGGCCUGGGCCGGCCAGUGGCAAUGAACUGCCGGGUCCUGCGUGCCCACCCUUCCCGCGUGUUGCGCUAUGAGUGGCGGCUGGGGAACCGCCUGCUCCACGCUGGACACUUCGACCAGAGCGACGAGACAGAGUACACCGUCAAAAGCCUCAACCGCGAGGGCUGGGGGGAGUACACCUGUGAUGUCAACAACGAGGCCGGCGCUGGGCGCUGCACCUUCCUGGUCACAGGGAAGGCGUAUCCCCCAGAGUUCUACUACGACACGUACAGUCCUCUGUGGCAGAACCGACCUACAGUCUACGGCUUCAAACUGCAGUGGACCCAGAUGAAUCCCAACACUGUGGACCGCAUUGUGGCAUACCGCCUCGGCAUACGACAGACGGGGCUCCAGAGGUGGUGGGAGCAGGAGAUCCCCGUGGAUGGAACCAUCACCAAGGGAGAGCUGAACACACACAACCUGACAGAGCUCAUCAAGCCUGCGGCCUACGAGGUGCGCCUCACCCCCAUCACACGCUUCGGAGAGGGGGACUCCACCAUCAGGAUCAUCACCUACAGUGCUCCUGUCAACCCUCACCUGAGAGAGUUCCACUGCAGCUUCGAAGAGGAGCCCAUCUGCAUGUUCACGCAGGACAAGAAUGACGACUUUGAUUGGACGAGACACAGUGCAGCCACCCGUGACACCAAGUACACGCCCAACACUGGGCCUAGCGACGACCGCAGCGGAUCCAAACAGGGUUUCUACAUGUACAUCGAGACGUCCCGGCCUCGGAAGGAGGGUGAGGUGGCGAGGCUGGUCAGUCCCUUCUUCAACGUGGUGCCCAAGAACCCAUAUGGCAUCGCCAACCCCCCAGCAUACUGCUUCAGUUUCUUCUUCCACAUGUACGGCAAACACAUUGGGACCCUAAACGCUUUCCUGAGACAGAAGGGUCAGACAGCGGCCGAGGGGCCCGCGUGGUCGCUGAGCGGUAACCAAGGCGACCGCUGGAAACAGGCCAAAGUCAGCAUCCACCCAACCGCGUCUUUCCAGGUGGUGCUGGAGGGUAUCCGAGGUCCGGGCAUCGAGGGGGACAUCGCAAUCGAUGACGUCACCCUUGAGGAGGGAGAGUGUCGAGAUCUACCCCCCAUUAAUCUCAGAUCCUCAGCCCCGCCCACGUCCGCCCAUAUAUGGCCGCUGAGUGUCACCUUGGCGAUGAUCUUCCUGUGGGGUCGAAGGUGACCCUGCCCUGCGUCGUCUGGCGGAGGCGAACGGGUCCGACCUGGCCUCGGCACCGACCUCGACCCUGGCGUCUGUGUUCUUGUACCCUCAGCAUCCAAUCACCAAAGAUUCAAGCAAGGCGGCAGCGAGGUGUUCCAAACACAGACCACCACGAGGGCCCAAAAAAUACCACAUAAAUAGUAAUAAAAGAAGAUUCGCAAUUUUUUUUUAAGAGACAACUUUUCCAGAAAAUUGCUCCCCAAUCGCAGGAUUGUGAGCACUUUUACGAGCGCAAAGCAAAGCCAGGUGUUGUGACGCCUGGACUUUAGUGGGAGUGUUCACUAUCGCAUUGGGAUAACUAUUUGAAAAGCACAAGGACAAUUUUGCCAGUCAAUUAGGAAAGUUAAAUAGAAAGGUGUGGAGGAUUUGAAAAAUUGGUGACUUUUUGAAAAACAAAAUUAUUUUUUCUGGGCGUAACAAAACACAUGGAAUCAAAGCUUUUCUGUGUUUUAUCUUAUCCGCAUUGAGUUGCACCUGCUGCGCAUCAUGGACACUUUUCUCUCUGCCCAGUCACCCUCACCUGACCUCCACACCUUGACAUGUCUCUCUCUCGGCUUGGUGCUGUACUGUAGAAAACAGAAACUCGGACAAUGUUUAGUUAUCCAUCCAAGUUCCCUCUCCCCUCUUGCCCGGUAGCUGCCUAAGUAUUUCACAACACUGUGCUCACUAGUCCAAGGUAUCUGAGACCAGGAAGGCAUGCCCAAGGUAUGUGGGGCAGAGAGGAGGAGAUGUGUAGUUGAGAGAGUUGAAGAAGGGUAGGUCAGACUGACUGACGUCCAAGGCAAUGUGGAAGGCAGUGGCAUAGUGGAUGAGAAAAGUAGAGGAUAGAGACCAGAGGGGAAGGAGUGGAGAGGAGGAGUAGAGGAUGGAGACCAGAGGGGGAGAAGU